AGACCUUAUCUUUAGAGCAUAUACACUGUUUUCAGUGUUAUUAUUGCAUGUUAUUAAUGUGAUUUAUUAGUCUGUUCCUUCAACUCAGGAACAAAACUUGCUGGGUAGGUACCAUACAUAGGAGUUUUACUUACUCAACUGUGUUCCUAUGGCUGAUUGGAAAAGGUUAUGCCUGCUGAGCAAUGCUGCUUUACUAACACUCCUACAGCACAAGGCCACAAUUUCUGUGCCAAUACUUUUUGUUCUCGGCAUACUACUCUAGGACGCUUCUAAACACAAAAGCUCUUGUUGGGAUGUCCCGGGACACUUUUGCCUUCACUUCUGCCUCUCUACGCUCCUUAAGGCUGGAGCAGGAGCUGCAGGACUGGGAGGACGCCAGGCGGGCACUGGCACACAGGAGGACUAUGGCAAGGCGUCCACUACCCGCCGCCCCCAGGCUCCGACACGGAAACGAGAGAAUCCAGACAGUACGUGCUCCACCACCACAAAUACGGUGCAGAGACGCAGCCAUCCAUAACAUCUUUAUGUGUGGAGAUAUGAAGAGAGUGUAUGCCGUCCUCAAAGAUCCAGGCAUGGUGAAUGCACUGAUGGAGACAGUACAUGAGGAGAUGGUGUGGGCCCCGGAAAUGGGAAUGUGGACUCUUGUCUCAAAAGUAAAGCAGACGUCUGCACUGCGUCUGGCUGCCAGCAGGGGGCACUCUGGCUGUGUCGAGGAGCUGCUGUUUAGGGAAGCAGAGGUGGAUGCAGACCCAGGCGGCCGUACAGCUUUACAUGAUGCCUGUUCAGGAGGCCAUCACGUCUGUGUGCGCCUGCUCCUAGACCACGGGGCCGAUCCAGACCUGCUUGCUGUCGACGGCAAUGCCCCGUUGCACCUCUGCAAUGCAGCAGAAACAUAUCAGUGUGCUGAGCACUUGGUGACCAGUGGUGCGCAGGUGAACGUGGCCCAGCAAGACUCAGGUCUCACCCCCCUUCACGUGGCCUGCAGGAGAGGGCUGGAGGACCACGUGGAGCUCUUCCUGUCCUAUGGAGGGGACGUGACAGCUCGGAGCCAAGAGGGCGAGACGCCCUUGAACGCAGCCUGCUCUGGGGCAGAGAGGCCUGCAGAUGCAGGACGGUAUCUGCGUAUUGUCCAGAAGCUGCUAGCGGCUGGGGCUGAUGCGCAGACUGCUGGGAGGAAGAAGCAUACGGCCCUGCAUAACGCCUGUGGAAACUGUUGCCACCGCAUAGUUGAACUGCUGCUGAAACAUGGGGCUCGUGCAGACGUAGCUAACUGUGCUGGAUACACACCCAUGGACUGCCUGUUACAGGUAAUAGAGGAUUACCCAGACCAGCAGCCAGAGGUUGUGGCUCAAUCUCUUCUCAACUAUGGAGCACAGCCGCCCUCCCCUAGAAUGCUGAAACACUGCUUGCCCUCUCCUGCCACUUUGGAGGUAAUGCUGAAUUGCUAUCCGGUCAUCCCAGCGUGUGAGGAGUGGUUAGAGGACAUACCAGAGGAACUACUGAAGGAGCAUCAGUCUUUCUUCGAUGCGGUGAGACGGAUGAGCGGGCAGCUGCGAUCUCUUCAGCACCUCUGCCGCUGUGCGCUCCGUCGCCACCUGGGGUCAUUAUGUCACUUCGCAAUAGUCCAACUCAACAUCCCCAGCACUUUAAAAGAUUAUCUACUGCUGCAUAAUGAGGACUGCUCCGUUGAGCUCCAUUUUUAGACAAACUAAAAAUAGCUGACUAGAAACAAUGGGCUGAACUGAAUACUGUUUUUCACAAUAUUUAUCAUCUGUGAUGCCUCUUGACAAUAGAAGUAGGAUGGAUUAUGGCCCCGGGCCAAAUGGGGCAGUGCCCUGGGGACUUUGACUGUCAGAGGCGUUGAACUAAGAGGACCACAGUGGCCUAACAGACAGACAUAAGGCACUGCAAAUGUAAUAUUGAUACUGAUAGCUGGAUAGUGCUUUAAUAUGUGCCAAUGGUGGUUCUCGCAUGUGAAAUAAACAAAGACAUGAAAAUGAGAUUGUCCCA